GAAUGGAUUGGAUCACCGAACGCAGGAUGCUCUCUACGGUCUUGACAAGACCGUUGCCAUGACUGUUAUGGGCAUGGACGGCGGAAGGAACACGUUUCUGCUGGAAGGUGUACGAAAUCCAGAUGCUGUCGUGAUGUCCCGCAUUCGAAACGCAACAGGCGGUGCCCGACGAUGA